AUGUGUGGAAGUGCCACUGUCGCUCAGCGCCGCCACAUCGGACUCCAGCAGUUAGAGACCAUAGCUGCCACCACACAUGGCUUUCUGGGUCCCAACAAACGACCCAAGUUGUUCCAGGAUGAAGAUGCCGGCGAUGCGAUGUUGGUUUGCUCCUGUUCACAUCUGCUUGAGUGUAUCGAGCUGGACGGCUCAGUCGGACAGCUGCUGCUGCAGACGGUACAGGCCCAGCAGAAGCUCUUCCACUCCAGGACGGCCGCGCUGGUGUUUCUGGCUGGAGUCUGGAUUUUAAAAGAACGCAAGUUGCAAUCCAAAAACACAGAAAAUGCACAAAACAGAUCUUUGGAUAUUCAAAAACUGGUCACGUGCCUCAUUCCAGGCCUGUCUGAGGAGUUUCAUGGCUUUGUCACGUUGCUCACAGUCGAACAGGCCUCUGUGGUUCGACGCCUUCAGGGUCAGGCAUUAAAUAUCGCUUUGGUGAAUGGCGAUUUGUGCAAGAAGUAUCGCCACGUGGGUUUUAACAAGCCUGGGAAUGUCAUGCACAUCACGGAUCGCGCUAACAUGUCUGGCGUGAGUCUGGAAGAGCUUUUGAUUGAGGAUGCAUUAAGAAAACUGCAUGAAUUCAGCAUAGAUGUUGUGCUUGUGAGCAGCAUGGCUGGUGUGAAACUCAAAGAUCGAGUUCUUGGUACAAACGUCCUGGUUAUUGAAGGUGUUAAAAGCAGUGUUUUGAAGGACUUCAGCACAUGCACAGGCGCUCUUCUGAUUUCGUACGUCACACAGAUUGACGAGAACUGCGUGGGACAGGGAGUUACAGUCAGUCAACAGAGAGAUUUCAGUAGAAAAAAGGAUUUCGUCGCGGUCAGCAUUGUGACUGCAAGCACGUCUCUGGUCACGGCGGUCAUAAGCAGCUCUGUAUCUGCUAAACUGCAAAGCUUGGAGGAUCAGUUUUGGAGCUGCGCUCAUCGGUUGCACCAAGCUCUUGCAGAUGGGAAGUUGCUGCAUGGCGCAGGAACCACCGAACUCCUUUGCAUCCAGCAGCUUCAUCAAUCUAAACAGACAGACAUGGAAAACCCACAGGAGAGUGUGGUGCUGGAGCUGAUGGCCGAAGCCUGGAUGGAUUAUGUCUCCACUUUGAUGAUGAACAGCAGGUCGGUGGGGUCUAAAGCAGAGGCUUGGACGGCUAUUGCACAUCAGAUGAGACUUUAUAAAGAUGGAGAAGCCAUAUCGCGGGAUGCAGAUGGAGCUGGUGUAUAUGAUAACGUAACUGUGAAGUCUGAAGCCUGGAGGAGAGCUCUUGAUCUGGUGUUUCUGGUGCUUCAGUCUGACACCGAGAUCAUUACAGGUGUCAGUGAAGGAGAAAAUGUUUACAGGGAGCUCAUGUAUCUUUGA